UUGCUUGAAAUCAUCUUGAAGUCCGAUGAAGAUAAGGCUAGAAAACACGGUAAAUUCUCUCCUAUUUUUGUAAAUCUGACUGUAUAACUUACUAGUACGUUAGAUAGAUAAUUUACCUUUCUGUUUGUAGUAUUUUGGAGCAGAGUGGAAGCGUUUAACUUAGCGUAUUUGUUGUUAAAAAUAUGCGUUAUUUUAGUCAUCGGACUCAAUAUAUAUUCAUCUUUCGUGACUAGACCGAUGAGGAAAUGUAAAUGGCUUCUGUUCGUCUGUGAUUAAUUUCAAACCGAAGCAAUAUAUUGAUGCUGUCCUCAUAUUACUUUUAAUUUUAAUUCUCGGAUAAAGGUCGUGAUUGUGCUAGCAAACAAGGUCAUUUAUCUUAUAGACACUACUGACAAGAGUAAGUUCAGCUUGCUAAUAACCGACCUUAAAACUAUUCAUCCCCGGCUAAUAAGCAUCAUUUGAGUCGCAACCGCAUUUCAUUUUCAAGCGUUUCAAAUUUUACAUGUUUCAUUCGCUCUCUGGUGAUAUCAAAAGAAGCAUCAUUAGUAACGGUUUUUAAUUUCUGUUAAUUUAUCUGCGAUGUUUUUUGAGCUCAUGUGGCCGGAGUUGUCAGGGCUUUGCAGCGGAGCGAGAAAAGGUGUUGGUAUAAUGACCGGAAAAUAAUAUUUCUGAAGAAUUUAUGCGUUUCGCUUGUGCAUUAUUUCAACAUCUUACAUACAUAAAUAGCCUUUCCAUAAAAGCCUACGUCGAUUAAUCUUCCAGUUAAUUCCUGAAUCAGCAAAGUCCCAUUUAGAUUCGUGAACGUCAACCAUCUAUGCGGCCGAUUUCGAUAUUGGUUCAGUCAACGUGAGUUGAACGUGAACUACUUAAACUAAAUAGUGAUAGAAAGCGUAUCUUUCAGGACGAUAACUGCUUUAAAUGUACUCACUUUCUGCCUAGUUUUCGAGUCCGAUUAAAAAAGGUUUUGUGUCGCAUCUUGCGUGCCUUCUUUAACCGGAAUUUUUAUGACCCCUAUCAUCGUAAAGGGGAAUUCGAAAGUAACUUGCCGAUCAAUCAAAUUAAACUGCUGAAGAAUUUCCCUUUGUCAUUCCAGAGUUUAAUGCUAUAAUGUUCAGCUUAGGUCACUAAACUGGUUUAUCUUUUUGGGUCUUUGUGACUAAUGAUCUAGAACAAGGGAAUUUCCAGUUACCGCGAGUUUAACAUUGUGGAACGCCGUGACUACAGCUCACCGUCUAUUGAAAGUAGUUUAACAAUAGAAAGCAUGUUUUUGCCCCCGGUCAGAUCAUGGCUAAUUGUAGAAAAAGUCUUUUGCGUUAUCAACCCUUCCAGCUUCAUUCAAAGACAGAAAUGAAGCGAAUAGCAACUAUGCGUUCAAAACUCGCAACAAGUUCAACACUCGCUGCCGUACCUCCAGCCGGGUUAAAGUUGUUGCCUCAGAUCGUAUUUUCAGGUUACCGUAUAAUCACUUUUUGCAUUUAAACAUUGCUUCAGUGUAUACUGUUUUGUCCAUAAUUCUGCCCACUGAGGAAAACGGAUAAAAGAAAAGCAAAAUAACUCUUCACCAUACCGGGAGAAAAUAUUGAGACCAGAGUCUGCAAGAACAAUUCAUUUCGAGUCAUCGACUUCAUUUUGUUUUCAGUUCAUGUCGGAUAUUUGGAUAUAGGAAACAGGCGUUAUCCAGCUGCAGCUUCUCUGUAACCUGUAUAGUUACUUGAUGUAGAAUUAGACCGUCUACCAUUCUGUACACAUCUCCCGAAGUUCAUUUCUUCAGAAGACAGACGUUUUUGACUCAGAAGAAAAUUUUGUAACGCGAUUAUACGACGUGCUAUCACGGUCUUUGGUUUUUGCUAUUUUUACGCUGGAAUUUAUGCUCGCUACUAUCCCAGAUUUAUCAGAGUUCACCAUCAUGUUUGCUUCUUUUUCAUUUCUUGAAUUGAGAAAAUCGUUGUCCAUUCUGUCCAUUUUCCCUAAAUGUAUAUUAUAUAAGGAAAAGAAUAUAAUUAACAGAAAUAAUAAAUCGAAAUGUUUACAUAUUUUAAGUUGAAAAAUACUUUAUCGCAGCAACUUUACCUCAUUCUCCCCUUCUCAUUCUUUCAGCGGUCUUUGACUGUUCCCGAACUUUGGGGUGUUCAAAUGGACGUUUUUAUGAAUGCUUAAACCCUUAGGGUAGUAUGAAAUCCAUGAAGGUUAUGUUCACUUCACACCGGCAACAAACGGACCUGAUGCAGUAUUAAAUAGAGGUGAUCUUUCACACUAGACUGCAGCUAAAAGAAACGUUUAUAUUCGGGUGUUCAUUAGCUGUGUCGCAAAGCGUUUCCUUGCUUAGCAAGCGUUUCCGCGCUAGUUGGUCGAGAAAUUUGCGGACGAGAGCUCUCGCUCCAACUUUGCCACAAUCAGUGAUGUUUCUUGGCGAUCGGAAACGCUUGCGAAGCUGCAAGCUAUGGAACAGACCACAAGUAAACCAGUUCGAUUUUUCAGCGGAAGUUAGCGCUAAAUCUUUCACUCAUUUCAGUUCUUACAACAAAUCUUCUUUUCAUUGCAUGUUGCAUUGCUUGGAUUUUUCUACGCUAACGGAUAUAACUCGCGUACACCGCUCAGUGGAAUUAAACAUUCAAUUAGAAAAAGGCUCUGAAAGAAGCUAUUACCCGGCCUUCAAGUUAUCACCGGGAUCAUCACCAGCUCCUUAAAACUUGACGUCCACUUAAUUCCGAGAUAAUCAAAUAUUGUUUGAAAGGUCACUUUGAGUUCGACUCUUAUACAGGAUAUUCGUUAAUAAUGCCCUUAAGACUGGUUCCCAUUUGAGCAACGAUGGAUAGGACCGUUGUCUAGAGAUCGUAACGAUUCCCAGUGAUUGCGUUGAUUCUAUUUGAAACAAUCUGCAUGAAACGAGCCCGUAAGAUUGGACCUUAUUGCCAGUCAGUGACCAUGCUGAUCGACGGACAUCGUUGUGAGUUCUACAAUUGCUGAAGGGGUUUUUCUGCUGGUGUACAGUACUUGUUAAGGCUGCUUUCAUAUUAUCACCUCGACCUUUACGCUUCUGUAUAGAAAAAGCUAAGCGAUUUUAUACCGACUUGGAUCGCUGACCAGUUAUGUCCACAACCAAAAAGACAAUAAAAUGAACGUACCGAAUCAUCUCAAUGCUCGCUAUGACUGCUAGAAAGUGAUUCUUUGUCAUUUCGAUAUGGGCGAUCGGUGAGAUAGAAGACAGUUCUCCCUCAUUACUAACAGUUGUUACCAUAUAGUCGCCACUAUUGCCUUUUUUUUUUUUCAGUGUUAUUUUUUUACGUCGAUCACAUUGAAACCAGCCUGUAAUUACAUGUUACUGUAACAACUUUUUAUCGCCGAAACUACAAAUUAUUCAAAUUAUAAGAUUAGGCAUUAAUAGAUAUUUUUAAACAUUAGCCUAAGGUCUAGCCAAAAGUCUUCAGUCAAAACUAGAUCUUCUUUCUCAGCGAAUUCGUGUAGUGUUUGUAACGAUACCAAUUCUAUCAACCAAAUCGGCCCUUUUUUUUUCUGUAUGGCUGUUUUCCAGUUAUUCAGCGAUUAAUUGGCUUUUAACUUUAACGCAAAUAGAGGUUUCGAGGUCUAUUUUAAGAGGCAGCCAAGGGAAUCCGGAUUCCGAUAUCCAGGAAAUUUUGGCUUGUGGAAUCCUGAAUCAGGGCCUUUGAAUUCGGAAUACAGCUCAAGGAAUCCAGAACCCCACUAUCGAUUGGAAUCCGGAAUCCAAGUUCCCCUGAAUGACUGGCGAAAAAAAUCCGGUAUCCAGCCCCUGGAAUCCGGAAUUCAAGACUGUCUUAGCCAACAUCGUCCCUGCUGGGCUGUGGAAGCUCUGCCUCUGAGAAGGUGUAAAUUCUUUGCGAUAAAUGCAUAUUUCUAUAUACGUCCGUCGAAUUCGGCAUCCUAGACCGAGGCCUGACCUGUAGCAAGACAGGAAAACUUUGGACUGCACUCUUUCUUUGUUAGAAAAACGAAAAACCCAAGGAUCUUAGUAUGUAGAUUGCAAAAUAGCCCAUAUUUUUCCGUAGUUCAAGAAAGCGCUAGCAGUCAAACGAAAAACUUGGAGCGAGGGGAAAAAUAUAGACAGGCCGGGGUAGGUGAUGAAAAAACUACAUACUGCCUGUCCACUCUGCUUAGGUACAGUUCGUUUCUUUUUUCCACGCCCUAUGGGCGUGCGAUGCUUAUUAAGUGCAUCUACUAUUUAUAAUCGAAAUCACAGCAUUAUAAACAGGGCUGAUGUUUAACAAAGUGCACUUUAAAUUACCGUAAAAUCCCCGGUUAUAGGCUCUGGGCUUAUAUAUAAUUUCGUAAUGGGUUUUGGUUGGGUUUACGUGCGAGAAUAAGGCUUAUCUCAGAAAGUGGUAUUUGGCCGGAAGGGGAGCGUCUUGUAUUGAAAUAAAAAUUAAAGACUCGAACCAAGCUGACUAAGACGCUUACUUUAUGUUGUAAGAAGAAAAAGGAUGAGAAAUUUAACUCUAACUGUGACUGGAACACAACAAAAGAAAGUAUAUAUACGGGUACUUGCGAAUGAUGUACCUAUUACCCGAGGGAAGCUUAUUAGCCGGCCGGGGGAGUCCGAAAUAAAAUUUCGGGCAAAUACAUGCGCUUAUCACCGGAGGCGUAUUUCCUCGGUUUUACUAGCCUGUGCAGCAAGCGUUUCCAGUCGAGUUAUUGCGCGAAAGUUAGAGCGGAAGCAAAAAAAAAAGGCUUUCCCCUCCCCCUCCCCCGUCAUUCAAUUUUUUUUUGCUCUGGUCCCGGCUUUCUAGACGAACCUCGCGAGGAAACGCUUGCUACGCAGGCUACGGUUUUACGGGACGAAUGAGGUAAGCCAUGAAGGUUUUUUUUCGAUAAAGUAACGUCCUUUUUUGACAAUACUUUGCAAGCAUUAGCCAGACAUGGAAACCACUUUUCAUCAUGAUUAAAAACAUAAUUUUAUACCGUGUUAUUUGUUGCAGUGAAUCAAACCGUGCCAAUACAUCUAGAGUAUCAGGAAUUGGAAAUGUUGCGCUCCAUGAAGUUACAAGAUCUCAACUCUCAUAUUCUGUGUGUUUUAUGUGGUGGAUAUUUAGUGGAUGCUACCACAAUUGUGGAGUGCCUUCAUUCCUGUAAGUAUUUCAUCCUAGCAAUUUUUGUAGUUAGUGUAGUAGUUAGAGCCAGUCAAAUGGAUGUCCUUGAUACAGUCAUUAUUGCUAACUGUUUUUGUUUCUUUAUAUCAUAGUUUGUCGCAGUUGUAUCGUGAAAUAUCUUCACAACUCAUUUCACUGCCCCGUUUGUGAUGUUGAAGUCCAUAAAACGAAGCCUUUGCUGCACAUUCGGUAAUUGGAAGUUUUGAAAUGUUUAUAAGUGAAGACUGAUUAUUGCGCUGCCUGUGAGGGCAACGAAGAAAUACCUUCCAUCUAUGCGAACAAAGACUAAAUGGCGGACGGAACUCUCAGAAAGCUUUGCAUGUCCCACUCCCCCGUCAAUGGGGCCUACUUUUGCGGGGAGGGGACAAGUAAUUCUUUCAGGUCGUCUGGCGAACAGACUUGGAAGUCGAUUUGGAACGAACACAGAAUUAUUGCGUGGAGUUAAUUGGCCCUAUGUCUACGCCGCAGUGUUCGAUGAGUUUAGCCUGCGUGAGGGCUACAGAAACAAUGCCCUCCCAAGGUGAUUGUCUUAAUAAGCAUCGAAUGACUAGAGGUGAAUAAGAAGUUACCACACCUUUUAACGGGUUUGUUAGCUCAAUCGUGUGCCAUUGAAGAUCUGGAUUUGGCUCAUAUUUAGCUAUAUUUAGCGAAAGGCAACGCGAUAAAGGCUUAUUUAUACGUUGCAUGAUUAAUUGUCUUUUCUUUUUUUCCAUUUUUUAAACUCUUAGACCAGACCGAACUUUGCAAGAAAUUGUGUACAAACUUGUGCCAGGCCUCUACCAAGGUAAAGUCUUAAACUGGAAAUACAUGUCUCGCAAAUCCCCAAGAUAAGUCUUAACGGACGGGUGGGGUUAUGAACUAGUUUUAGCUUCGCUUCGUUAGAAAUACUGUAAGGACCUUGUUGGACACACAGCAGCGAAAUGAAAAUGUUGUCGUGUUCUAGUGUAGAUUAGGAUCAGCAGAAUCUGAACAAAAAAAUAGAAAGAGAAGAAAUGCAAGGCUGAUCCGGGACUUUUAUACUUUUGUUGUCCAAGACUUCAAUUAGACAAAAUUAAUAUUUGUUGGCCGUUAAAAAAAAAUAAAAAAAAUAAAAAAAUAAUAAUAAUAAUAGCCUGCAUUCGAGGCUCAUGAUAGACAAUCUCAACGCAAUCAAAAAGUUGGCAAAGAACGUUUGGGAAUGUCUUAAAAGGUUUGUAAGUUCAUUUUUGGUCACAUGCUACAAAAGCGUGGUCGGCUCUUAUAGGCUGGAUGCCUUGAAAACGUUCUAACAUACCUUGCAGCAAUCGAGUUUAGACCCAUACCACGGCAAUAAUCAUUUAGGAAGAACUAAGACUCAUGCUACCGAGUCCCUGGCUUAAUAGGGACCUUAAGCAACGAGAACGUUGACGUCCCGGAUGUCAAAAUUUGAAACCGGAAGUUGAUAUUUUCUCUCUUUCUGUGCUCUGACUGAACAAAUUUGUACAGCGGGAGUUAAAACAAAGGCGUUCAGAUCCGUUUUGUGAGACAACAGUGUUCCAUCAAGCAAGACAUCGAACUUCCGCGUGCUAUUCAUGACGUCCGGGACGUCAGCGUUCUCGCUGCUUAAGCUUACAUAUAGGUGUUGGGAGAAGAACUUUUCGCUCGGGAAACACAGAGAGGCGUCUUAAAUAAUCAUGGAGGAAUUCACUUUUUCUUAAAAUACGUAGGUGAAGUGAAGCUUCGAGAGAACUUCGAAGAAAAACAAAGGCAAGAAAAUAUCUCAGAAGGUAAGGUGAAAGAAGUCCAUUUUGUGAGAGCGUGCCAAUAUUAUGCUAAGGAUCAAUUAAUGUGUAAUCGCUUGGAAAUGUGACUUAAAUAUAUGUAACUCAGUUAACAACAGUGGCUGGCUAUUCUAUACUGAAAUUCAAAAGCUAAGCUGUUUGUCUAAGCAAACUAAAAGCAAUUUUCAGAUUUGAUUAACCCCCAAUAUCUUGAGUCACUUGUGCUUGAUAAAGAUUACGCUCUUCGAGUGUGUAAUCGAAUGAUAGGAGGCUGCUCUACCAUCGUUGCAUUACCUUAAUUUCGUUGUACAAUCAACCGUAAUUAUGUUCGAGUAAGAAAAGGAAUCGAAAGCGUUCAUGUUAUGUGAGGGCUAUUUUUCCAAACUGGUUGUCAUUAGCCAGAUACCUAACACCUUAGCUGGAGCUAAAAACGACCUGUAUGUCAUGCAACCCACUCCGUCACCUUAGUGGUCCCCACAGGAGCGGGAUUAUAGCCCCUUAUUUUUGUUAACUGUCCUUAAUUCUCAAAAUAAUCGUUUAAAUUGUUGCAAGUGGGAAAAUCGGCUUACCUUGUUCUUUUACUUAUUUACUAGUUACACAGUACCCACCCUAUGAUCAUCUGAAAUAUUUUAUAUUUUCAGAGGAAAUUUCUACCGAGCAUGAAACGAAGAACAAACAGCAUAUUGAAAUGAAAGAUCCAGUUUGUAUAACACUGGAAUAUUACAGGUAUGGCAAUAGAAUUUCUGUAGGAGGCAUUACAACGCCAAAGUUUGACCUCCUUUAUAUGUGACUUAGUUUGACCAUAGUUUAUAAUCAUUCUUUUUACUCAAUAGACGAAAGAGGAACUGGAUGGAAAAGCAGGUAAGGAAAACAAUUAAUGUUUGUCAUUCUUACCCUCAUUCUCAUCAUCAUCGUCAUCAUCAUCAUCAUUACUAUUAUUAUUAUUAUUAUUAUUAUUAUUAUUAUUAUUAUUAUUAUUAUUAUGAUCAUCAUUAUUCCUUGUCUUGAUUUUGGAAGCUCUUUUACGAACUUCGAAAAAUACCAUUUUCUCUUUCCUUUUUUCAGAUAUUUCCCACUCGUUAUCUUCGAUGUCCUUCGGCAGUGACCGUUACUGUGCUCAAGAAAUUCCUGAUUAUGAAGUUCGCUAUUCCUAGCACACACCAGGUAAUCCGCCAAUCUGGUGCUUUAUUCAAGUCGUAGAUUAAUGGAAAAAAAAAAUUUACACAGACCGUACUGGAAAUGUUAAUAAAUUUUAAUUGGGUCUUUUGAUUUCCUUAGGUGGAAAUCAUCCGCUGCGAUGAAAUACUGCACGGUCAUCUUACUAUGACAGAAGUUUCUCGGAUAUAUGGACUCUAUGCUAAGGUGAAAAUGCAUAUAUAUAACACAAGCUUGCAUUUAUCGAUGUUGUGGCCACCAUGUUGUUUUUUAAAUAAGCAAUCUGUAGCUGCUGGUCAUUUUGUUUUACUCUAAGAAAAUGCAACCAUAAACAGUUUUCCAAAAGAGUGAUCGGACCUUCUCAAACUUUUCACAUUUUGUCGGCCGUCCCAGAACCCAUCGAAAUUCUUCUCUCCAAAACUUGAGUCACCUUAUCGAGUAUUUUUAGAGCUGUCACAGUUUUAUAUUUUUGACAUUUUUCAAUCGUCUAGAUCGCAAAACAACCUUUUUCUUUCUCGAAAACUUAGUACAGGGUGUAAGUCAAGCUUUCCGUAAAACGUGUAAGCGUAUUGAGUUCCUUAAUGAAUUAGAAGGAAACCAAAGGAUACAGAAACUUUUAAGUCCCCUAGCUUAUUUAUAUUUUGUUCACAGUCUUUUCUGGAUCUUGAAUACGCCAUCCUUGAAGUCGGAGUAGACAAGACUACAACUGUUGAGAACAAAAACAUUUACAAAUUUUCGCACGGAAAGAUCCAUCCCAGAAAAAAGAAAAAACGAAAAAGGGAAGCGAACUGUGCCGAAACAAAGAUACAGCAAUCAACUACUGCGGAAUCUUUUCAACCACCAUGUAAAAUUGCAAGUUUAGCGGAAUGUAGCAACAGUGCCGAGCCCAUGUUACAAAGUGACAUUUUACCAACAUUUCCAGACACUCCACCAAGUUUUGACCUUAUACCAGAUGCAAAACCGAUUGAAUACCGUGCGUGA